AUGCCUGGGUGGACAACGACGCCUCCUUCGGACCAAAAUUCCUUAUGCUCACCUCAUCCCCUUCCCCAUUUUCUCAUCCCCCCUCUCCCUUCUUGGCAGCUGCUGGUCCCGGGGGUACAGCAGCACGCCUGGGUGGACUACGACGCUUCACUCGCCUCUCUCCGCCUCUUCCUCAGCGGCUCCUCCCCCACCAAGCCUGCAGCUCCGGUGCUCUCCGAGCCUGUCGACCUGCCUCGGGCGCUCGGCUUGGCACCUGACGGCAGCUGCCCGGACGGCAUUGGCGAGGCGGCGGUGGGCGGCGGCGGUUGUCUGUUUGUGGGGUUCACGGGAGGGUCGGCAGCAGUGGAUACAGCCGAGCUGGCAGCGGCAGGGGUGGUCGCCGGAGGGGAUCUCAUUCAGACCGUUGACUCGUUUGACUUCAAAUUCCUCCCAGCUGGUGCUACACCCGGCGCCACAGCCGGCGCUACAGCCGGCGCUACAGCCGAUACUGCCACUGCUACCUCUGCUGAUGCUACCAGCACUGAGUCACGUCUCCCCCGAACGGCCGAUAUCAGCAGUGCAACCGUAGCUUCAUUUGGAGCCACGGAUCCCUCUGCUGCUGGCGGCGGCCUCUACUCCAUUGCCUCUGUCGACACUGGCUCUGGCAUCGGUGGUCUCACUGCCUCUGUCACCCCUGCCCCUGCCCCUGCCCCUUCCGCUAGCUCCCCCUCCCCUGCCCCCUGCAACGUCACUGCGACCAGCAUCUCGUGUGCUGGUUUCUCCUCUUCUUCCUCCUCAUCGCCCUUCUUCAUCCUCUCUGGCGAUGCUCAGAUCGGGCCUGGACCGAACUUCCCCAUCUGGCUUGACACCACCACCAAUGCUGCCGGCUGCGCCUUCUCCAUCCCGAGCCUCAGCCUCAGCCUCAGCAGCGGUCCGGUGGCGUUUGAGGCGGAGUUUUCGGUGUCGUUUGCGGCGAGUGCGGAUUACAACAGCUGGGGAAGUCGAGGGCUGGCGUUUGUGCUCACUGCCGGGGACAAGACCGCCUGUGGCCGCAGCUCCGCCAGCAAAAUCGGGUACGGUGCCGCCCCCAACGCGUCCUUUGCAAGGAGCAUAGCGGUGGAGCUGAGGGCGCGGCCGACGGCGUGUGUGGCGGUGGUGGUGGGCGGGCAGGUGGCCGGCGACAACUGUGCCGACUCCGAUGCCAUGGCGCUGCUGCCGCCCGCUCAGGCAUUCACGCUGAACGAGCCGCAGCAUGUGUGGGUGAGUUACGACGGCAGCAGCGGCGCGCUGCAGGUGUUUGUGUCCCCUGGCGCCCCCACCAAGCCCACCGCGCCUGUGUUGGUCACGCCCAUCGAUGUGGCGGCCGUGCUGGGCGGCACGGCGGGGCUGUCAGUUGGCUUCACAGGCGCGUCGUGGUGGACGUGGGUAGACGACCUUGAAGACCACAUCAUCCACUCGCUCUCCUUCCAAGCUGUUCCCCCCGGGUCGCAGCAGUCACUGCCGCCCUCCCCUGCGCCCACCACGUGCCAUCUCGCCCCCUCCAACACGCGUCUCACCUGCUCGGGCUUUGCGGGCCGCUCAGCCUUCCGCCUCAACGGCUACGCCCACGUGGGGCCCGCCCCCUCCUUCCCUCUCGUCCUCGACACUGGCGGCACUGCUGGCAGCGCGCUCACGCUCGCUGACAUGGCGCUCUCGCUGGAUUCGUCCACGUCAGCAGUGACUGAUCCAGGGGCAGCGGCGGCAGCAGUGGCGUUUGAGGCAGCGUUUGCCUUUUCGGUGUGGACGGAGACGUCGUAUGGCUACCGUGGCAGCAGGGGGCUGACUUUUGUCAUUAGCAGCGGAGAUAAGACUGCUUGCGGGUCGAGUGACAUGGGAGCCAUAGGGUACGGGGGAGCGGCGCCAGGGGCGUUCAACGGAAGUGUAGCAGUAGAGCUUCGGUCGGGGCCCACCUCGUGUGUGGCUGUGGUGGUGAACGGCGUGGCUUCAGGCGACAACUGCGCUGCUGCUGGCCAGAUGACCGGCCUCACAGGCGAUCAGUAUGGGUUCGUGUCUAAAUCGCCAUUUGAUGCAGGAGACUGCACUGAGCGAGAGGCAGCACGCGUGGGUGGCAUACGACGGCACAUCCCAGUCGCUCGAGGUCUAUCCUCGCUCCUUCAAACCCCACCCUUCCCAUGCAUCCUUGCACUGUCCCCACAGGAGAUUGCACUGAGCGAGAGGCAGCACGCGUGGGUGGCAUACGACGGCACAUCCCAGUCUCUCGAGGUCUAUCUGGGCGGCAGCGACGGCAUAAAGCCCGAGGAGCCGGUUCUGCGGGCGUCGCUGGAUCUUGUGGCUAUCAUUGGUGCCACGUCAGCGUCUGUGGGGUUCACAGCUGGCACGUGGUGGUGGGGAUGUGGCGACACGGACGACCACCACCUCAUCCACUCCUUCUCCUUCAACACCGUCUCUCCAGGGUUCCUGCCAGUAGCACAACCCACACAGGCACCCACCUGCGAAACCACCGCCUCCUCCCUGCACUGCUUUGGCUUUGCCGGCACCACCCCCUUUGAUCUCAACGGCUACGCCCAGCUGGGCCCGGCGCCGCUCUUUCCGCUGUGGCUCGACUCGUACGAUUCUGUCGGCUCUGCUCUCUCCCUCACGCCCCUCUCCCUCCUCACUGCCUCCGCCCGCUCCACCGCCUUUGAAGCCGCCUUCUCCUUCACCUUCCUCGCUGAUGCCUGCAUUCCUAUCCCGGUCACGGGUCGAGGAUUCACCUUUGUGCUCACCAGCGGCCCACCCUCAGCCGUCGGACCACAGAAUGCAAGUUCCCUGGGCUAUGGCUCAGCAGGAGGGGCGUUCCUCAAGAGCGUGGCAGUGGAGUUUCGCCUGUGCCCCGUACCCUGUAUAGCCGUCUCCUCUAAGGGAGUCGUGGCUGGUGACGGCUGUGCUGGAGCUGAUUUCUCCACUGUUCUUCCCCCAGAGAAGGCCUUCCCCCUCAACACUCAGCAGUACGCCUGGGUGAGCUACGAAGGGGCGUCUCAGACCCUCAACGUGUUUCUGGGCGGGUCAUCCAAAGUCAAGCCAGGUGUACCUGUGCUCACUGCCCACGUGGACAUUGAAACCAUCCUCGGCGCCACGUCAGCAUCCGUGGGGUUCACAGGUGGCACGUGGUGGGGGCAGGACAUGGCGAGCGAGCGACACAUCAUUCACCAGCUCAGCUUCGUAGGAGGCACCUUCCUGGAAACGACCAACGUAACGGCAGAGCUGACGAGUGCCUUUGCCUACUCCAACGAGACAGACCUCUCGCUCUUCACCACCACCACACCCACCACCACUGCCACCGCCACCACCACCACCGCCGACACCGCCACCACCACGACCACCACCAUCACCUCCUUCUCAUCCCCGGAUGCUCUUGCCACCACACUAACCACGGGAGGGGCUGCUGUGCUCUCAGAGCUGUCUCCCGAUGCCACACGCGGCACGGUGGAGUUCCGCUUCACUGCUGCCACCGCCUCGGGGCCUCAGUCCUUUGUGGGGCGCCGCCGCAUUGUUGCCAGUCGACCCGUGGUGCGAGCACACGUGUACGUGUCCAACAUGGAGGAUCGCCCCAUGGCUGACGUGGCAGUCACGGCACGCAUCACCUACCCCAACGGCACCGACGCCUCCCGCUGCUUCGUCUUCAGCGACCCGCUGCUGCAGGGGAUUGACGACGUCAGCGGUGCAGGCACCCUUCCUUCUGCCACAUCAGCGGGCGUUGAUUGGCUGCUCCUCGCUCUGGACUGCGCCGCGCCUGCCGCUCCCACCAACUUCAAGUUCGCCAGCACACUGGACUACACCCUACCUGCAUCAUCAUCCACGUCAGCAUCCUCUGCGACUGCCACGUCAGCACCAGCAUCCGAAACAGCGCCGGUGGCUAAGAGGAUGGAGUUGACGAGUGUGCGAGUGACGGUGGUCCCUUCACCCAAGCUGCAAGUGCAUUACUUUGUGCCCCGGCACGUGCAAGGCGACGACCUCACCACUCCUCAGGUGGCUAUGGGGGAAUGA